AUGUCAAAGCCAACUCUGAUUUUCGCGGCGGGCGCGUGGUACCCGCCCACCGUUUUCGACCCAAUCAUCAGACAACUCGCCGACUAUAGCUGCCACACCGUCGCAUUUCCCUCCAUCCAGCAAGCCAGCUCAGUCGUGGACCUUCAACCAGAUAUCAAUGCCGUGAGAUCCAUCACUCAAGAAGAGGCAGAUGCUGGUCAUGACAUAGUCAUCAUCGCGCACAGUUGGGCCGGGUUACCAGUGAGCAGCGCGUUGGAUGGACUGAGCAAAUCAGAGCGCGAAGCAGCCGACCAAAAGGGCGGUGUUGUGAAACUCAUUUUCAUCGCUGCUUUCCUUCCUGGUAUUGGCGAGAGUUUGAUCGGCGCGUUUGGUGGGAUGCCCCCGCCGUGGUAUGUGCGCGAUGAGGAGAAUGGAACUGUGACUGCCAGUGAUCCGCUGGUCUUAUUUUUCCAUGACGUUGUCGAUGGUGCGGAGUGGGUUAAGCUUCUUAAGCCACAUUCUUGGGCGACUCAGAAUGCCCCCGCUACUGGUACAGCGUACAUGAACAUUCCAUCUGCAUAUCUUUUGACCGAGGAGGAUCGUGCGACUCCGUUGCCGGUUCAGCAUGUGCUGGUGGAGCGGGCACGACGGAGGGGGGCACAGAUUGAAACUGAGAAAAUCAAAACAGGACACACACCCUGGUUGGCUAUACCAGAUCAAGUGGUAGACUAUAUCAAAAAGCAUGCUAUUGAAUGA